AAAUCUUCAGUUUGUUUUUUAAGCAGAACGCCGCUUAUUAAACGGCCUGACUACAAUUCCCAGCAUGCAUCAGAUGAUAGCAUCCGGCAGCCUUUUCCCAGCAUUCUUUGUUUACUUCCGGGUUUAUGAAUCCUGAAGGGAGAACGCCAGACCCUUAAAGGGAGCUCGGGGACCUUGCAGAGUGUGAGACCCAGCGCCCCUCUCCCGCUCCCGCAGGCUUUCGUCUCCGCCAUGGCUGAGCUGAUCCAGAAGAAGCUACAGGGAGAAGUGGAGAAAUAUCAACAGCUACAGAAGGACUUGAGUAAAUCCAUGUCAGGGCGGCAGAAGCUUGAAGCACAACUAACAGAAAAUAAUAUCGUGAAGGAGGAACUGGCCCUGCUGGAUGGGUCCAACGUGGUCUUUAAACUUCUGGGUCCCGUGCUGGUCAAACAGGAGCUGGGGGAGGCUCGGGCCACAGUGGGGAAGAGACUGGACUAUAUCACAGCUGAAAUUAAGCGAUAUGAAUCCCAGCUCCGGGACCUUGAGCGGCAGUCAGAGCAGCAGAGGGAGACCCUUGCUCAGCUGCAGCAGGAGUUCCAGCGGGCCCAGGCAGCAAAGGCAGGGGCUCCUGGGAAGGCCUGACCCUAUGAUGGGGGGUGGGGUGGGGGGGAACCCAGGCAGCUUUAGGGUCUAUACUGUAGCUAAUAAAAUGUGAAAACACCUGGCUGUUUUCUGACCAGCCACUUCUGUCA